UUGUCCUUAUGUACCACAUAUGUGUCAUUUGUUUGAACUGUUGAAUCAGCAAAUGGUUUAGGAUGAGCACCAGAACCACAGUGACCAGUACAUCUGCACUGAAUACUUCUAGGUCUUCUACCAGUUCUGAGGAAGAGGUUUAUCCAGUGGUUGAGGCACUAACUGAAGCAGAAGGACCUAUUGCGCAUGAUUAUACAGAUGAACAAUUACAAUUAAUGGUGGAGAAAGUCAAACGUUUUACUACUCUGUUUGAUCUUCAUGAUGAUGACUGGAAUCUAGACGUAGAGAUUAUUAUCAAGGAUUUUUUCAUGAACAAGUCUGCUGAAGUACUUAGUAUUUAUUUUGCUGAUGUUACAUUAACAGCAUCUUUAGGUUUUCCAGCAGUCCCUGUUACAGAUAUGACAUACUUUCUGAAAGCUCCUACUGAUGUCAUAACACCAGAGAACUUUUAUGAAGUUAUUACAUUUGGAACAACUAAUGAUAACAUUGAAGGGACAAUGCUCAGUGUUCUAGAACAUGUAUAUGCUCCCAUCUUCUUCAGUGAAACAUCAUGGCCUGACAAUAUAAAAAGUGAAUUUUAUACCAAUAUGCAUACAUUUCUUGCUAACUUAACUGAUCUACACUACAAGAUGCAAGGCUUGACAGUCUUGUAUAUACCUCAAGAAGGUCUGAAUUUGAGUGUUGAAGAAGUGAGUAGAGAUAAGGAGUUGGUGAAGAGACUGGAAGGUGUAGUGAUGCACUGGACUCGGCACAUAAGAGUUGCGUUGGAUGAUCAGGAUCAGCCUACACCUGCAGAAGGGUGGUGCCCUCUCGAUGAGUACGAGUCCUGGAUUUACAGAUAUAAAAAUUUGGCUAGUUUAGAAUUUCAGCUCCAAAACAAGACGUUGAAGAAGAUAUGUGAUGUUAUGCUAAUGAGUCAAUCAUCUUACAUACGUCAGUUUCUUAACCUUGCUGAAGAAAUUGAAGAAGGAAUGCGAGAAGCUAAGUCAAAUAUAGAGUUCUUGAAGAUUUUAAGGGAACCUUGUGAAGAACUUGAUGAAAGCACUUCACCUACUGAUGUACCUAUGAUUAUACCGACAUUGUUACAGACUGUUAGAAUAAUUUGGGUCAACUCUCCAUAUUUUAAUACAAGGGAAAAGUUGUCUGCACUGUGUCAGUCAAUUAGCAACCAAGUCAUAUUGCGGUGUAGUAGGAGUGUUAAUCUUCAUUUUAUCUUUGAAGGAAAUACAAGAGCUGGCAUUAAGAUGUUUGAAAAUAUAAUUGAAUGUUGUUUGAAAUACAGGCUUCUGUACAAUAAGUUUGCAGAGACGCACUCAAAGUUCUCACACAUUCCGUGGGAUUUAGAUAAUGGGUCUAUUUUCAACCAUGUGGACUCAUUUGUUCAGAGAUGUAGAGACAUGAUUGAAAUAUGUGAAGCCAUGAUUAUUUUUGGCAGGAAGGAUGAAACAGAGGAUGUUCCAAAACCCCGUUUUAGAGGAACAAGGGGAGAAGAAUUUGAGCAUAUAUGUGAGAAGGAAGAGAGGACCUUUGCAGAAAAUUUGCAAGCUAUUAGGGUUGUCCAGCAAAAUAUACUGGAUGUCACAGCUUCUUCAUGGUAUGAUGAUAUAAUGAGGUUCCGAGGCCAGAUGAAAGACACUGAGAUGAUACUGGAAAAUCUUAUGAUAUCCGUGUUUGAGCAAGUAGUAAAUUUGGAGGAGGGAGUUCAUGCUCUGCAAGCAUUUUACUACUAUUCUAAAAGAGAUGGUCUGCGUCCUUUGUAUGAUAAGAAAACUGUUGCUGUGUAUAAGAUGUUUGGUGAAGAAAUUCAGGCGACAAAGAAAGGCUUGGUGGAGAAGAAAGCUUCUUGUCCGGCAGGAUUACCCCCAUUUGCUGGUCGAGUUUUAAUGAUUCAUUUGAAGAAAAGACAUUUUACCAAAUUGAUGAAGAUACUGGAUGAUGCUCAGUGGAUGCCUCCUUGUGGUAUGCGAGAUGAAGUACGUACACAGUAUGAGGAACUCAUAGUGUCAAUGGAUGACUUAGCUAGAGAUCUCUAUGAGGAAUGGAAUGAUUCUUUGGAUGAAAAUAUCAGUGCAAGACUAGAUAAACCAUUGAUUGUUAGAAGUCAUACAAGGCCUGGACUUUUGGAAUCUAAUUUUGACAGGGUUGUUGGAAAUAUAUGCCAUGAAGCAAGAAUUUGGGAAAGAAUGAAAUAUGACAUUCCCACUGUUGUCCAGUCAGUAUAUAACAAAUGGGAUAAAUUGAAAUUUGUAUAUGAGAGUGUUCUGACUGUUGUGAUGGAUUAUAACCAAGUUAUAGAAGCAUUAUCAGAUGAGGAGAGAUUACUAUUCAGAGAGUUGAUCAAUGUCUGUGAUAAGAAAAUAAACCCUGGAUUGUUCAAACUUAAAUGGAACACGGAAAUAUCAGAAAAGUAUUUAUCUGAUUGUUCUAUACAUAUAUCUGAGUUACAACACUUAGUGGAUGAUUUCAAGAAUUUCAAUCUGGAGAUUGUUAGCAUUUGUGAGGCAAUAUGUGACACGCCAUUGAUUUAUGUGGACACUAGCCAUGUGUAUGAGUUGAAGGAGUUGGACUGCCACUUGAGUAACUUCAGGGAUGAAGCUAUGGCUAAGAUUCUGGCUCACUAUGAAUGUAUUAUACAGUGCAUAGUUACUGUAUAUGAAGGAUUUGAAGAGUAUAUACCAUUGAUGAGCCAACAUUGGGUUCACUACAUUAAUAAAAUGGAUGGUGUUAUUGAAGAGGCUUUAAAACAGUGUGUAAGGGCAUCUCUCCAGGUCAUGUUAGAAGCUUUGCAUGGGGAUGGAACUACUGGUCCAACACAAAUUCUCAAAGUCUCUGCCACUCUCAAGAACAGUGCAAUAAGUUUUGAGCCAUCACUCACAACUGUAGCCACUCUUAUUACAAGUACAUUGCCUGGGAUAGUGGACAGUCUCAUGCCCAUUCCACGUCUGGCUGAGAAAUUUAAACUUACACCUCACAAUAUGCAGGCCUUCUGGGCAGCUGUGGAGAAAGAUGAUGAGUGUAAAUGGCAGCAGGGUUUAAUAACUCAAGAGAUGGCAACUGUUGUCAGCCAGAUCCAAAACUAUCUGAAAAUCUGGGAAUCAUUCAGAGACUUAUGGGAAGUGAACACAGAUCUACUUAUACAAAGAUAUGAGAACCUGAAACCAUCAGUUUCUUCUUUUGAUGCAGAUAUAAGAAGAUGCACUGGUGUUGUUAAUAAUGUUCAGCUACAAGAGUCAGUUUCACCUGUUCAUUUCAUCAUGAUAAAUUCAAUGCAGUUAAAGCAUUCCAUUAUUGAACAUUGCUGUAUCUGGCAGGACAAACUGGCUAAACUUCUUCUUCAACUUACUUAUAACAGGAUCAGGGACUCAUACCACUACACCAAGGAGAACUCAGAGAAAGUUUUGAGGAUACCACAAUCACACAAAGAACUCGAAGAAGCUAAUGCAGUGCACCAGAGAUUAUUUAGUGAGAUUCCAGAGAGAGAAGCAAUUUUUCCAGUAAUAAGGGAUCAAUAUGAUAUUUUAUUAAAAUAUGAGGUAGAAAUCACUGAAGACUUCAUAAACCUAUUAAAUGGCCUAGGUGGUGACUGGAAAAAGUUCUUAAGUAUUUUAGAAGAAUCAGAACAAAAAUUAGAAAGAGACAAGAAAGGAUUCUGAACUGAAUGUGUGCUGAAACAGAAGUCUUGAAGAUGGAGAUUGCUUAUCUGUUGGAGAAAUUUAUUGGAAAUGGGCCCUUUCAGCUGACAACACAGCUAAAGGUACACACAUAUUUUUAAUAAUAUUCAGAAGCAAGAAGCAGGACAUAAAGUUUGUUUUAAUAACUGUGAUUAUACAUGAUAUUACGUAAUUGACUGUAAUGCCGUGUGUCAUAGUUUUAGAAUAAUUCACCAUGCGCUCCAGCUAGAAAGUAACACCCUAAUUUUGUAUUACUAUUCCUAACUCUAUGUGAAAAUGUUGGAUGGCAUUGAUGAUUUGAGGUGAUUAUUUUGAAUAAAGCUCCAAUUCACUUGGAUAUUACUCUUUACUACAUCUUACUGUACAUUUUGUCUUACACACACACCGGAUGCCCACAUCAGUGCACCCACUCACCGAUUACUGCACCAUCUCUUGGCUUACACCAAUACUCACAUUCAUGAAAAAUUGCACUUCCAACACUCUUAAAUUUUUCAUCAUUUUACUCACUCUAGUUCACACAUUCCUAAUUCUAUUUUAUGGGUCUUAAACAAAUUGAAUGGCAAUCCCUUUGUAAGAAUGUCAGCCAUUUGGUUAGCUGAUUCAAUAUACUUAACUUCAAUUAAUUUAUUCUUUAUCAAAUCUAUUAUGAAAUUAUAAUUAAUAUCAAUGUGCU